CCGAAGUCCACCCCCGGCGCCGCCAACUUCCCCGGGAGCCCCUCGCCCCGCUGCAGCCUGCGCAGCGCUGGGAGCGAUGCGCCCCCAGCCGGGCGGCGCGCCCUCUGCCAAGUCGCCACCCAUGGGAUCGACUGCCCUCGGCUGCCCCGCUUGGAGCGCGUAGCCUUAGCCGCGUGGCCCGGGAGACGAGCGAGACGCCCAGGCGUUGCACGGAUUCCACGCGCGCCAGUCUGCGGGGUCCCCUCCGGGGGCGGCGUUCACGCCCAGGGACGUGGAAGAAACCUCUGUCCUCAGAAGGCAGUGCUGGAACCCGUGUGGAGGUUAAGAAAACUAUCCCCUUGGUGGUGGCUUGAGGAGAUUAUCUCAUCCUCAAUGUUGCCCUGAAAUUGGUGUUCAAGAUUCAAGAAGAUUAGGACUGCUAAGAUGCCUCAGGAACAGUACACACACCACCGGAGCACCAUGCCCAGCUCUGAGGGGCCACAGGUAUACAAGGUGGGCAUUUAUGGCUGGAGGAAAAGAUGCCUGUAUUUCUUUGUCCUACUCCUGAUGAUCUUAAUACUGGUGAACUUGGCCAUGACCAUCUGGAUUCUCAAAGUCAUGAACUUCACAAUUGAUGGAAUGGGGAAUUUGAGAAUCACAGACAAAGGUCUAAAACUAGAAGGAGACUCCGAAUUCUUGCAACCUCUCUACGCCAAAGAAAUCCAGUCCCGACCAGGUAAUGCCCUGUACUUCAAAUCAGCCAGAAAUGUUACAGUGAACAUUCUCAAUGACCAGACUAAAGUGCUAACUCAGCUCAUAACAGGUCCAAAAGCUGUAGAAGCAUAUGGCAAAAAGUUUGAAGUAAAGACAGUUUCUGGAAAAUUGCUUUUCUCUGCAGAUAACAAUGAGGUGGUGGUGGGAGCUGAGAGAUUAAGAGUUUUAGGAGCGGAGGGCACAGUGUUCCCUAAAUCUAUAGAGACACCUAAUGUCAGGGCAGACCCCUUCAAGGAACUAAGGUUGGAGUCCCCAACCCGGUCUUUGGUGAUGGAGGCCCCAAAAGGAGUAGAAAUAAAUGCAGAAGCUGGCAACAUGGAAGCUACCUGCAGAACAGAGCUGAGGCUGGAGUCCAAAGAUGGAGAGAUUAAGUUAGAUGCUGCGAAAAUCCAACUACCUAGACUGCCUCACGGAUCCUACACACCUACAGGAACGAGGCAGAAGGUCUUCGAGAUCUGCGUCUGCGCCAAUGGGAGAUUAUUCCUGUCCCAGGCAGGAACUGGUUCCACUUGUCAGAUAAACACAAGUGUCUGCCUUUGAGAGACCAUCCAUAGUGGACGUUGCUGGUAGCAUAAAGGCCGUUUUUGGCUUUAGACACUGGCUGCCAGCUAUUUUUACUAGAACACAGAAAGCCUAUCAAAGACCUUGUGUGUGUGUGUGUGUGUGUGUGUGUGUGCACGUGCGUGCACGUGUGUGUGUAUGUGUGUGGGUGGAUAUAAAUAUAUAUAAAUAUAUAUAAAUAAAUAUAUAUAUCCUCUGUAUAAAAUGAGGUUUCAGUACAAAAGGAACCAUGGGUGACCCUGUGAUAUCCACUGUCAUUUCCAUGUCAACCCCACCACAUACAUGAUAAAAUCAAAACACCGAUUGAGGCCCAGUAUUCCCUUCAAAGUCACACAGUGUGUCAGACACUUACUGAAUAUUCACCGAUAUAUUUGAGUAGCUGCAUAUCUUGCACUUUAGUGUCAUUUACAGGGCAGUGAUGGCGGGAAUCUCCGAGUCACACUCAAGCACUGAGACUCUCGUAUUGAAAUAGACAUUUCAUUUCCAUUUUUAGCUUUAGGAAGACUGGCCAACUUUCCCCUCUUCAAGUGAGGGAUGGGGGCAGUGCCAUAGAAGUCAGCUGUAGGAACUCAAAGUGGUUGUUCUCCCUUCAUAGCCAAAUGUAUUGGGGCUUUUGUUAGUUGGAUGAAUGUGGAGGAUGAAUAUUAGUGAAGUUUGAAGUGCUCACCCAAUGCCUGCUAUCUUCCUUCAAAAUCACAUAUUAUCCCACAGUCAAAAUAGGAGUUGUAAAUCAGCACAAAAAUAGGCUAACAGCUGCUUCUCAGUUGGCUGGAAGCUACUCAGUGGCCUGACAGGCAAAGAAUAAAUGGGUGAUAGGUCUCUGUUUAAAGGAAAAAAUGGCUCAAGAUCUGUUCCAUCCUCGCUUUUGACUUUAUUCAGUAGCCCCAAAUGAUCAGGUCAAUCAAAAUCCUUAAGACUGGAACCCCCAUCCCAAGAGAAGCCAUUUAGGGAUGGAAACCUAAUUAAGAGUAGCAUGGAAAGCCUAAUUAAUUUUUAUGUUUCCUGAGAUUUGCAGGUAAUUUAAAGAUGCCUUUUAUUUCUAAAGGCAUGCACAAACUUUGGCUUCAAUCUUCUUAUAUAUAUUUUUCGUUGGGAUAUUCAUUUUACUAAAUCAUUAUGUUUUCUCUAAGAAUAGUGACCCAAGAAUCACAAAUCUAAAAUACAUGCCCCCAGAAAUGGUCACUAGAAAGUAACAUAAACUGAGUUACGUAUCUCUCUCAGACUCGCAGUGUUCCCGUGGCCCAGCAGCACCACUACCUGAUAUGUGGAAGCAGCUCCCUAGUUCCCGCCAUCAGCUACCUCUCAUCCCUUCACCUUCAUCAUUGUGCUCCAGGGUCACCCUGGCCAGCUCUUGUGCUGGGACAGGGGAUACACCAUCUCUGUUCAAAGAGGGGGAAAUGUGCCUAUGCCUUAAGUCAAUGCACUCAGCAAGGAGAAGCACAUCCUAUUUAUCUUGUUGUUACCUGUAGUUUAUUUUGGGUGAUUGGAGGGGAAUGGUCUAGUCAUGAGUGGACAUCUUAAAAUCUCAUAGACAAACCAAGUGGCCAACAGACAUGGACUCUCAGGAGCCCAAUGGAAUGAUAACUGGUUUAGACAGUCCUGGAUGCCAUUUGGCAAGCAUUGGCCCCACAAUCCUAAAAGAAGUCAUAUUUGUAGGCCUGAAUGGCAUUUGUUUUUUCUUCAAGGUUUUAAUUUUUCUUACUUCACAAGCAGGGGAAGAUUUGACAUAGAAAAUGAAUAAGAGAUUUGGUAGUUUUGAGAGGACACUCAAGCAUCAGGCUGAGAUUUGCAUACAAAGGAUAUAAAGGCAAGCUGGGUGUUGCUUAGUCACUUAGGAGUGAGUGGGUGAGCCCUGGAGAGAGAAGAGGUUUCCUAGCCUGAUCAGCAGCCCUGCUGGCUUCCAGACCCCAUACCCUCUCCAGUCACUCCUCCUCAGCAUCCUAUGUAGAAGAAUUGAGUUGUUCAACGGCAAAACUACUUAGUUUGUAACAUUAGAGUCUAAAAAGGAAAACCCUAAGAAGAUAUCAAGUUGCUCUGGAUUGGUAUUAUUUAUAUCCUGUAGGAUCAUACUGCCAGAAUUUGCAUGUUCUACAUACAGGGUUUUGUCAAAUAGGAGAGCUCCCCCCCCCUUGGCUAUAAGGAACACUUACCCCAUAUCAUUCAGACAGUAGUAGCUAUGAGGCUCUCCAUGGCUAAAUACCUUAACACAGUAUUUUUAAGCAGACAGACCAUCUUUGCAUUUUGCCAUCUCAAGUACAUAAUCAAUGGAUAAUAAGAAAACAAGGUUCCCUGAACCUCUUUCCUCUGAUUUUGUUCUAAUCAUCAUAUGAAAUUCUGAGAUCAGAACCUUGGUGAUUUUAUGCCCAUAAAAAAUUGAGGUGAUCCCACUUGCAGAAUUUAAUCUUCAAGGUAAUCAGAUCACAAAUAAGAUAAUAAUAGCAAACCAAGAAUAGAAAUCAAGCACCUAUGAGGGACAGACAUGAUCAAAGCUUCUGAUUUUCAUUUGUGCUAAGUGACCACAUAAUAUACCACAUAAUAGGCAGGAAAUUUAGCAUCGUCUAAAUUAUAUAUUUCAGUUCAGACUAUAGAAUUCAGUAUAAUGCAAUCAAAGUUUUGUUCUCCCAACUUCCUCCAACUAGAAUAUUUGUCUGUGGUCAGUGGUUAUGAGACAAGGUUCUAAUUCUCGGGAAAGAAAUCUACAUUAAAAUUCUAUAAACUUUAAUUUUAAAAACUGGGAUUCUUUCUAAUCUUUAUAUAUAAUAUAUUCUGGACAAUCACACUCCAGUAUAUUAAGCAGCAGGUGGCGUAAAAAAGAGUUCAAGUGAAUCUUUUAUAGAAGUUCUAGUAUACUAAUAUUCUUCAGAUUUUUAAAAAUUAAAAAGUGAUCUCCAAAUAUGUUUAGCCCUCAGUACUAUUUGUUAUUUGUUCAAUAAGUCAUAAAAGUUCAGUCUUAAGAAACUACUAGCAUAUGACUAAGGUUUUCAAAAGCCCUUAUGGUGACAUCUCUGUAGGUGGAAACUUGGUAUGAGGCUUUCUAAUUGCUCUGUUACCCAAGGGAUAGAUCUUAUCAACUUGAAUUGGCUUUAACUUCCUUUAGGUCAGUUUCUUUGGAUGAUUUUCAUUGUAUAUCCAGCAACCAUAGACCAAAGAUUGCUUAAAGUUUAACUCUAGAGCAGGGGUCAGCAAACUGUGGUCCCUAGACCAAACCUGGCUCAUCACCAGUCUUUGUAAAUAAAGUUUUAUUGUAACACAGACAUAUCCAUUCAUUUCCACGUUGUCUGUGGCUGAUUUCAUUCUUUAACAGUAGGGUCGGGUAACUGUGCCAGAGACCUCAUCGCCUGCAAAGCAUAAAAUACUAUUUGGACCUUUCCAGAAAAGUUUGCUGGCCCCAACAAAGAGGUCAUUUGUGCUAUGUGUUGGACACAGCUGGAAAGAAAGUAAACUCCACAGUAGCAUGGAGUAGCCCUACAUGUAUAUGUGUACUUAGGAAUAUAGAUACUUGCCUAUAGAAGAAAAGGUUAGUCUUAUGUUACAUGUAAAAGUGAUCCACUUGUCUGAGAAAUGCAGGUUCACAGGAUUCUUGCAAAAAGGGAGGAUGGAAUCAGGGGGAGACUUAGUGCAAAAGGAAAGCUGUGAUCCUCCAAGAGUUUUUUUUUUUCCUUAGGACCCUUAACAGAGAAGUGGUUCCCUGGUCACCAUCUUAUAGGACCAGAAGAGAAAUGGAAGUCCUAUGAUUUAUAUUUACAAUCUUUCUCCUGAAGAGACUGUUUCUGCAAUGUCACAGGUUUUCCACUUCACCAUCACAUAUUCCAGAAAGAUGCCCAUUCCAUGGUCCUCCAGAGACUAUUUUUAACCAAGCAGGUCUUGUUGACAUUCAUCAACUCAGUUAUUUACACCUCCAGUGCACUUGCCAUUCCUAUGUCCCUCCCCAGCCUGAAGGGUUGGUGGGACCAAUAAAUAAUAUUGGAAGAAUAAUAAAUAUUGGGAAAAAAGAAAUAUUGGAAGCAGCAUUUUAAAAUAUGUAGGAAGAAAAAAAUAUAAUAAACGUCUUUCAUGAAGGUGUUUAGUGGGGAAAUGAGAUCAAUGCCAGUUUGAUUUUGUUUUCAAGAAUUUGGUCUUUGUUCUUUGGUGUAGCAAGAGUGAAAAAAAAAAAAAGAUCUAUUUUGAAUUCCAGUAUCUCUGCCUCUGUGUAGUAUGGCAAGUUCCUACCAGAGAUUUGUCUUUAUAGUCAACAUCCCUACUGCUAAAUCCAUACUUCUAUUCAAUAUUAUUAAAACAGCAUCAGUAAUGACAGUCUUUGUAAGCAUGAGUGUUCAUAUGUCGGAAAAGAAAGUUGUGUUUUUUAAUAAAAACAGCCACCACUUACCAGAACCUAAUCAACAUCACUUAAAGAGCCCUUUUGCAUUUUAUCUGGAUUCAACCAAGAGGAUUAAAUUGGCAACACUGCCCUCCACAGAAGCAACUACAUGAGAAUAUCUUGCUUUUGUUUAUUUUAGGCAAAAGGUAGCAUGAUGUUUGAACGAAAUAGGUGAAAAGAUCCAUGUAAGCACCUGAUCCUUGUUUUUUAAGGCUCUGUGAGAGGAGAAUCUCAUUUAAGUAAGUUGUAAACAAAACCGUUUGCUCUCUUUCCCCUGCACCAGGAAAUCUUAGGCACAAAAAGGAUAAUGAAGCAGUUCCUGGAAUGAUACAUUUGCAUGGUGCCCCAGUAGCAGGUGGGGGGAAAAGUUAAAAGAAACAAUCUGAGAAAACAGGCCUUUUAUCUCAAAGAUAAAAAUGUCUCUCUUUUGGUCUUUCAUCACUUUCUCCUCAGGGGAAGGUUCCCCUACUUCUAACGUAUUUCCAUUAAAAUAGUCAAAACCACUGCAUUGGGAUGUCAGAUGCAUCUCUUUCUUUGUGGCAAUCUGAAUUUAAAAUUAUACAGUUGCCUCUGAAUUUCUCAUUCACAAAGCUAAAACCACUGAUAAGAGAUAAAGCAGUCUGAAGCCUGCUGCUUCAGCUAGCACACCACACCACACACAUUAGCCCUUUCAAAAGCAAUGGGAUUUCUAUGGUUCUUAAAAGCUUUCUUCAUAACGGAGUCCUUGAAAUUUCUUCAGGCAAGUCUGAAUGGCAAAGGAAAACUCAUUAUUUGCAGGAAGUCCUUGUUUUGAUUGUUAGAGCAUAAAUGUGAAAAAAUUCUCUAGUUAGGGUGACCCAUGCUCAUAUAUGCUAUUUGCUUUGGUUUUAACCAUAUUCCUUCCCCCCCACACACACACACAGAUACACAUACACUUCCUGUUAUAGAUACUGACAGAGUAAGAAAUUAGCAUCUUCUUUUGAGAAAAGAAAGCAAUUGCAGAAUCUGGGGCCCUUUGAUGCAAUAGAAGGUGUGAUGUCCUAACAGUGUUGUUGAUGGUAUCAAAUCCAUCACUAAAUAGUCUCAGCUGUCCCACAGCAAUGCUAACUGCUCUUCUUCCAUUGCAGCCCAGCAAGUGGUAAUAGCGGUUCCACAUCCAUGAGUUUUACAAUUGGGAUAGAACAAAGAACUUGCUGUAGGCAAGAAGUAUUUUUAGAGUCCAAAUCCACCUGUCUACAUAAAUGGGAAGCCAGAGUAGCCCCAAAUGCCUCAUUAGGCAUCUUGACCCCUCAGUAGUGAAUGAGGGGGUUUGGCUUCAUCACUAAGUGCUAGCUGAAGUCAGAUAAAUACAGCAAACGUGGCAAAGGAAACAUUUGUUUUACCUAAAGUUUACUCUUCACAUAUGAGGCUAGUAGUCCCUCUGCUUCCAAUGUUUUCACAGCCUACUUCUACGCUUGGGUUAUGUUGGUGGAAUCAGAGUUAGCUCAGACUCCAUAAUGUGAAAAAUUCCCAACUGAUCAGUUAGGUUACAUAGGAGCAGUAGAGCAAAGGAGUGUCCUAAGGCAGGGAGAUGCUAUUUGUUGAGAAGGAAGACAUUGGUGCGUUAGUUCCCAUAUUCAUCCAAUUCAGGAGAUUCUAAAUUUGAAAGUCAUAGGUUCUUCUUUUGAGAAUCCGAAUACUCAACCUUCUCCCAAAAAAGAAUCACCCACAAAACUUUACAUAAAAUCAAAGCAAUUUUCUUGGACUUGAAGCCCAUUUUAAGAUAUGGCAAAAGCUGUAUUCCAUUUUCUAAUAAUGUUUAUUAACUUGUAUUCAUUAAGCACUAUAUGCUAAGCAUUAUGCUCAGUAUUUUAUAUGCAUUCACUUAUUUCACCCUCGACACAAUCCUUUGAGUUAACUUCUACUUUGGAUUCCAAUUUACAGACUUGGAAACUGAGGCUUAAAGAGAUUAGGAAACUUGUCCAAAGCCACUAACUAGACAAUGGCAGAGCUAGAAUGUGGGUCUAAUUCCAGCCCACUAUCUAUGAAGCCACCAAUACGUCAAACUAUGUUUCAAGCUGUUGAGAAGUGACUCCUAUCGGCUUUUAGACUAGACUUUCUUGGGUGGAUAAGGCUAUAGAAUUUGCAUCUCCCUUCCCUCUGUAAUCUCUCAUCCAUGACAGUAUCUAGUACUAAAGUAGAAAUAUCUAGGUAAAAGUAUAAAUGAUUUGUCUGAAAAAUAGAAUCUGGAACCCCCCCACCCACCCAAAAAAAAAGUAAUUCAUUUGUUCUGUGUGUGAUUCUUAUCAAGUCAGACUUCCUGUCCUUACAAGUAGAAAGAUUGCCAGGUUGUCAGCCUUACAUUUAAGAGAAAAUUAUAAUAGUGAUCUAUAGGCAUGGGCUAAACAAGUCAGCAUUUCUGCAUACAUACACAUCCUUCUCCUAUUCUUCACUUAAAGAACAAAUAACUGAUUUUAGGUGAGGUCUUGGUUAUCAUAUUUCCUGAACUUUAUUUGUGGCAAAAUGUAAAGGAAGAAUCAAAUGGAAGGGAGCUCAAUCUCUGUUGUUGUCCCCAUUAUCCCUUUAAGAAGAUAGGAAUAGCAAGAACUCAGCAUUAUGUAUUCAGUACCCAACCUGGCCACUUUGGCUCUAAUAAUGGCUUGAGACCCAUACCCAUACCUUGUCCAUCAUCACUAAUAGGCCAUACCCGCCUCCAUGACCAGAUUUCUUCUUGCCAAAGUAUUCAGGCCAUUACUACCAAUUGAUUGGAGUAGGAAAUGGGACCCAUUUGCCAAUUCUUGUCUAAACAGUGGCUCCCUUUAACCUUGAACUUAUACAUUUUAACUGGUGUCCUAGAUUCAGCAAUGAGGUUGGUGUCUUUCCAACUACUAAAGGAGAAGAUGAGUACAUCUGAAGUUCCUUACAACUUGGUGGCUUUGGAGCACUUUCAUCUUCUGAGCAAAGGGACUAGGGUUUGAUAUGUAAGAGUUAAAAGACCUAAAAGCAUUUUGAAGAAUUAACUCAUCCAGGGACCAACUGAACAGGUUAUAAACCAGUGUGCCCCUGUUAAGGUCCUACUGUCCAUCUACCCCCACCCAAUGCUGAGAGACCACAGCCACAGAGACUGAGGUUCAUCCUGCUUUCUUGCUUUCGCAACAGCACAUAUCUGAUCCACUGGGUAGUUAACAGAACUUCCCACUGGUCCCAACAGAUACAGCCCCAGUGCCAGCCAGGGUCCUAUAAUGCUCCUCUGGCUCAGUCACCCCAUAAAACCUCAGUAAAGGGAUAAGCUCAAAAAUGUCAAAACCUUGUUUUAGGAUAAUUCAGGAAUUUUCGUUUACUGGUGUCUGUCUUCCAGUGGCAAAUCAGAAAUGGGUACCCUUUAUGAGCCUUAUGGAACUAAUAUCACCAGAGCCAGAAAUCAGGUUCUCCGGUAAGAAGGGGAUAAGUAAGCAAAAUAAAGGGAAGAACUGGCACACCCAAAUUUGGGGUGGACACAAAAUUAACCUAAUUCAUAUCUAGUGUUUUAGUAAGGGAAUGGAGUUUUUAUGCAUUAACCACAUCCUCAAAAUAUAUAUAAAAAAAUUUUUUUUUUAAUUUUAAAAAACCACAUCCUCAAUCAAGUUUCUCCCUUUUGGAGGACGCUAAGAAGGAGAAACACAUCUCUUAAGAAGGGCAUGUUUUAAAAGGAAAAGGUAGAGGACAUCCAUCAUUGUGCUGGCUAGCUAUGCUUCUGGAGAAGCCAGAUUCUGGUGCUUUUAACAGAAAAGAUGAGGUCAUAGAAGUCCCAUUUGCUUGGAGAUUUUGUAAAAGGAACCCCAUUCCCAUAAAGCAAUUGAGUUCAGCCUUUGGGUUAUUUUUGGGUUUGUUUUGUUUUUCUCUGGGUUUGGGUGUGAUGUAAGAGAAAGAGAUUUUUAGUUUUGUUUUGUUUUAAAUAACAUCAAUCCUUGCACACUCUAUGCAAAAAUUUUGUAAGCAUUGCAAUAAUGCUAUGAACUACAAGGAACUAUUUUAACUUUAUUACACUUUCUGUAUAAAAAAUUUGUAUUUAAUAUUAUUUCAAUUGCAGUCUUGUAAAAUAUAUUAAUAAAAAUAAUGAUUGGUAAGAAGGAAA